UUUGAAAACAGCAGGGGCACUGCUAUGUGUGAAAGCUGGGUGUAGCAAACUCAGUGUGGAAAAUGUGAGGACUUUACGCUAAAGGUGAAGGUCACCUCUGUUUUUACUUGAUUUUUUUUUUUCAUGGCAAGCCAAGCCUGGCUGGAGUCUUCCCUGCGGCGCUCUGCCAGUCUGGGCCUGGAGGUGCUGGAGCGGGCUUCCAGGCGUAGCAUAGACUGGACCAGCACUGGUGCAUCCCAGACCCCCAGUACUACAGAUGAAGAUACACAAAUCCCAGUUAAGAGAACCCACACAGAGCUCAGUGAUGCCUUUGCAACCAUCGCAGAGUUCAUGGCACAGACGACCUAUCAGUGCAAGAGGUUUUAUGAGUCGGGCUGUUGCACUGAACCCACUGACAACGAGAGGUAUCAUGUGACCAGGUUCCACACUCGACCAGCUGCUGGGAAGACGACACCUGCACCGCCAACCGGGAAACAUGUUCGCGUGUCGGCAGCAGUUGAGGAUUUCUACCUCGAGGUUUCACCUGGAACUUACGCCAUCACUGCCAGUAUUCCAUCAUCACGGCAGCAGACUCAGCUGGUUAGCGUCAAAGCUGGAGAAAGCAUCAACCUGACCUUUAACCUCUGACCAAACGCUUAACCUUCAAUAACAGAACUGACCAAUGCUAGUGUUGUAUGCGUGUGUGCUUUAUUGCCUGCUUUACACUGGGUUUACAUUUUAUUUUAUUAUCAAAAUGUUUUAUUUCCUGCACAAUGAGAAGCCAUAUUUUUAUUGCACUCUACUCUCUUUUAUUAUGUAGAUUCUAUCGAAACUAGAGCAUCAUGUAAUGCACUUAAUAUUUUUACCUGCACUAAUGCCGCAUCAGUGUAUUAAAUAAAAGU